AAUCCGCCGUCCGUUGUUCGUCCGUUGUUCGUUUGAAAAUCUUAAUUUGGAUUACGAUAGAAGUCGUCUGCAAAUUUUUUUUAUAACUGUUUUUAAAAUCACAUAGGUAAUAAUUAUGGCUGAGAAAAAUCACACAUCAAGAAUAGCGUCCUACAAAAAUGCUGGCCAAGGAACUAAUGAGCUUCGUCGCAAGCGAGCUGAGCUUAGUGUUGCGCUUCGGAAACAAGCGAGAGAUGAGCAACUGCUCAAACGUAGGGCCAUGUCUCCGGAGGCCGGUGACGAAGUCCAUACGGAGGAGAGACUCAUGACACCACAGGAAAUUGUUCAAGGUCUUAAGUCCUCAGACUUGGCAACUAAAACAGCCGCAGCUCGAGGUGCCAGAAAGAUGUUGUCCCGGGAGCAGAAUCCUCCAAUAUCCAUCAUGGUGGAAGCUGGAGUUGUCAAACCACUAGUCGAAGCUUUAGACAGAGACGACUGCACCGACCUUCAGUUCGAAGCCGCUUGGGCGAUCACAAACAUAGCGUCUGGAACGCAUGAUCACACGAUGUGUGUUAUAGAUGGCGGGGCAGUACCAAAACUAGUGGCCUUAUUGGCCCGGGGCGGCACCGUAGGGGAGCAGAGCGCCUGGGCCCUCGGCAACAUAGCCGGGGACGGCGCCGGCCCCAGGGACUCCGUGCUGAAGAGCGGAGCCCUACAAGCCCUGCUGCCGCUGCUGACUGCUGGCACGCAGCCCGCGCAGCUGCGCACCGCCGUGUGGGCCUACAGCAACUUCUGCAGAAACAAGAACCCGAUGGUGAAAUUCGAGUAUGUGUCACCAGCGCUGCCAUACAUCUCAGAGUUGUUGGAGAUUACCGAUCAAGAUGUCCUUGCCGAUGCUUGCUGGGCCCUCUCAUACCUCACCGAUGGCCCAAACGAUCGCAUAGAAGCAGUCCAGAACACCACAAACCUUCUACCCAGACUCAUAUCGUUGUUGGAACACAAGUCUCCCGCUGUCAGAACUCCAGCUUUGAGAGCCGUGGGGAAUAUGCUCACAGGGUCCGAUGAACAGACAGAUCGUUGCCUAGAAGCUGGGUGUCUAGAUCACCUAGUGACCCUCCUCCAUUGCGGCAAAGCGUCGCUAAUGAAGGAAGCCGCUUGGGCAGCUUCGAACAUUCUGGCCGGUACCAGCGAGCAGAUACAGAAGGCCAUAGACAAGCAGAUUCUACCUAGUCUACUGCACGUGCUAGCCUAUGAUGACCUCAAGUGUCAAAAGGAAGCAGCCUGGGCCAUAACCAACUUGUGUCUGGGCGGUUCUGGACCUCAAUUGGACGCUUUAUUAUCAGCCGGAUUCCUGGAACCUUACUGCGCUCUGCUCCAUGCCCCAGACCAUAGAGCUAUCACCGUUGUAUUGGACGGACUUACUAAUUUACUGCAGGCCGCUGUGAAAUACGGUCAAGUCGAGGCACUAUGUUUCAAGCUGGAAGAGAUCGGUGCUUUGGACCAAAUUGAGCUGCUGCAACAGCACGAAAACGUGGAUGUUUACAAGAAAGUCUUGCACAUCCUGGAUACAUACUUCGCUGACCAAGAAGACCAAAGCACCGAACCUGAGAAGACCGCUGACCAAUUCGAAUUCGGGACCAACCAGAAUAACCAGGAAAUCAACUUCUGAUUAAUGAAUUAUUAAAUAAAUCCAAAAAUGUUUAACCGAUAUUGCUAGCGAAUGAUGUUAAGCUAAAUACUGUCUUUAAUUCAGCCUAGAACUGCCGCUGAAUAUUUGC